AUGGCGCCUAAUAUUUCGUUUAGGCAAUCUGCUGAGCUUGUAGCAUCACGAAUAUCACUUGGAGGCGGACUUUCCCAACUCCUAUGCCCUGUGUUCCUUGGCCCUCACACCAGGAUUCCCUGCGUACACUUUCUUCGGAAGCAAGCUUUGAGGUUGAUGACAGAUGGCAGUGGAUCAGCUAUUGCAACAUUAAUAGGCGAAUUAGGAGAGAAAUUUCUUGAUAUGACUGUCGCAGAUAUCUGUAAAAUCUCAGUUAAGCAAAGCUAUGCUGAAGCAAUGCUUAGAAAGUUUAAUAUGUUUGAGUGCAAAGCAGUACCAACACCACUCGCUUCAAAUGAGAAGCUGAUGAAAAAUGAUGGUGGAAGAAAAGUGGACAACACUCUUUACAGAAGUAUCAUUGGUAGUUUGAUGUAUCUAUCGGCUAUGAGGCCUGAUAUAAUGUUUGCUACUAGUUUGUUGUCAAGGUUUAUGCAAAGUCCCAGUCAUAUUCACCUUGGAGCAGCCAAACGAGUUCUUCGUUACAUCAAAGGAACCUUGGCUUGUGGCAUCAAAUAUUUCAAGGGUGAAGAAUUAACUUUAAUUGGAUUUUGUGACAGUGAUUGGGCAGGUUCAAAAGAUGACAUGAAAAACACAUCUGGUUUUGUGUUUUCACUUGGAUCAGGAGUAUUUUCUUGGCAAUCAAAGAAGCAAGAAAUAGUAGUACAAUCAUUAGCAAAAGCUGAAUAUAUUUCAGCAGCAAUUGCAACUUCUCAAGCAGUCUGGCUUAGAAGAAUUUUAGAAGAUGCUGGAGAAAAUCAAGACAAUGCAACAAAGUUGUUUUGUGACAACAAGUCAACCAUAGCAAUGGCAAAGAAUCCAAUUUACAGCAGCAGAACAAGGCACAUUUUUGCAAGUCGAGCCAAAGUUUUGCAAGUCCAAAGAUCAAGUUGCGGACACUUUUACCAAGGCGCUACCCAAGAAGAAGUUCAUCAAAUUUUGUGA